AUGACGAUUGAGCAUUUGUGCAACAGUUACACUGAAAAAAAAGGUAGUCCACCAAGCCAUUCCGGUUUAGUGAUGGCCCACCAAACUAUUUUAAGUUUGGCACCACCAAAAUGGUUCUAUAGCGUUAUAUGUUGGGCGGAAUGCGCGAAUGAAAUAAUUAUUUCAGGUCGCCAGUGGUCUGUUAGUGAUGGAGAAGCGCGAUCAAGCGGACGAGAGAAAGCUGUGAGUUAG